UUUGCUUUUUUGUUCUUGCAAUCCAAUUUAACCCUAUAAAUGCACCCUCAAACCCCUUCACCUCCAUCACCAUUACCACCACUCUCAAAAUCCUCCAACUCUUUCUGAUCUAUCUCUGAACUUGAACAAGUCAAACGGUCCUUUUAUCAAGCAGAAAAUGGCACAUUAUACGUUAAGCUCUUGUGUUCUUCUUGCCCUUCUUGUCAUGGUCUUUACCUCAUAUUUAGCAAUUGCAGAACAACACAAUGUCCUGAGUUAUGGGGCGAAGCCAGAUGGUAGAACUGACUCGACCACAUCCUUUCUUGCUGCUUGGGCACAAGCAUGUGGCUCCAUUAGCCCAUCUACCAUUUAUGUCCCGCCAGGCAGGUUCUUUCUACAAAAUGUAGAGUUUAAGGGUCCAUGCAAGAACAAAGCGAUCGUUGUACGUAUAGAUGGCACACUUCUAGCUCCGACCGAUUAUCGGAUUAUUGGUAAUGCUGGAAACUGGAUUCUCUUUCAGAAUGUUGAUGGUCUUACGGUUUCUGGUGGGGUUCUAGAUGGACAUGGCUCUGGUUUGUGGGAUUGCAAGCGAUCUGGCAAGAACUGCCCAAGUGGUGCCACGACACUACGCUUUUCCAAUUCAAACAACGUAGUGAUCAGUGGAUUAACUUCAUUGAAUAGCCAAAUGUUCCACAUUGUUAUCAAUUGUUGCAACAGCGUGAAGAUUCAAGGGGUUAGGAUUACGGCUUCCGGGAACAGUCCAAACACAGACGGCAUUCAUGUUCAAUUAUCGAGCAACAUCACAAUCUUGAGCUCCAAGAUUGGAACCGGCGACGAUUGUGUCUCAAUCGGUGCCGGCACGACUAACUUGUGGAUUGAAAAUGUUGUGUGUGGCCCUGGACACGGAAUCAGCAUUGGAAGUUUAGGCAAGGACCUUAAUGAGCCUGGAGUGCAAAAUGUGACUGCUAAAACGAUUACAUUUAUUGGCACUCAAAAUGGGUUGAGGAUCAAGUCUUGGGGGAGGCCUAGCAGUGGUUUUGUUAGGAAUGUACUUUUCCAGCACGCUGCCAUGACCAAUGUUCAGAAUCCCAUUGUUAUUGACCAGAACUACUGCCCUGACAACAUAAAUUGCCCUGGCCAGGCUUCUGGGGUUAAGAUUAGUGAUGUGAUUUACCAAGACAUACAUGGAACAUCAGCAACACAGGUUGCAGUGAGAUUUGACUGUAGUAAAAAGUUCCCGUGCACUGGGAUCAAAAUGGAGGAUGUGAAGCUCACUUACAAGAAUCAACCAGCUGGCGCAUCUUGUAACAAUGCUGAUGGAACAACUUCAGGUGUCAUCCAGCCCAAUAGUUGCCUUUAGUAAAGUAGUCCUAGAAAAAAAAAAAUUAAAAACUGACUGUGAUGCUGCUGCAUGAUUAUGUCAUGCAAGCUAUUAGGUAGUUUACUACUCGGCCUGUGGUGUUUCUUGGAGCCCGGCCUUGAUGAGUAUAUAUGGUGGGAAAAGAUUGUUCGAGUUUGUAAUUCGUAAAGAC